GUGCUUUUUAUGACAAUAUGGCGGAGUCAAGCCAUAGCGGGACAGACUAUGAUUAUUUGAUAAAAUUUCUAGCUUUGGGCGACUCUGGCGUUGGAAAAACUAGCUUACUAUAUCGUUAUACGGAUGGCAAAUUUAAUCCGAAAUUUAUUUCGACUGUUGGCAUCGAUUUUCGCGAGAAACGAGUGGUAAGCAUAUCGGUGGAAAUUUAUUUAUGUUGAAUACUUAAUUUCAGCUGUCUAAAUAUUGUCGAGGAAAUAUUAUAUUGAUUGUUUCAUUCAUUGACUUCCUUUGGAGCAAGUUGGGAUUGUUCUACUUAAAUUAUGUACCUGUAUUUUUGCUAUGUUUGUUUGUUUUGGAAAGCGUUCAAUCUGUAAACCCAGAUCUCAUCAGUUUAAAAAUGCUGUUCUCAUUUUAUAACAUGACUCAUUACGAUCGAAAACUUUGCCAAAUUAACAUAAAUGGUGUUUUCUCCAAGAAUAUACAUCGCCAUGCAAAUAUACGAGUGUUUUGUACUUUAGUUUGUGAACAUAUGUACAGUAUAGAUAAAACUAUAUAAACAUCCUCUCCUGCAAUAUAAAUAUAUAACAAGAUUUUUAUCAUGCGAUCACUCCUGCUGGGGCAUAGUUUUGUUUUUGUUUUUAUCUUGAGUUAAGUGAUUUUAGUGGAUAGUUGGUUUACUUUUUAUGCUUUUGAGGUUUACACUUUUAGUGAUAUUAAAUUAAAUAAUGACUGAGUUUAUAACUAUAAAUAACAAUUGAAAACAAUGCAAGGCACAGAGAUUGCAUAAAUUUUCUGCUCUGAUUAGCAUUGUUCCUUGAUAGUCUUUCAGGAACUUGAGCAUGUGACAACACACAAUAUAGCUGGUGUUAAAAAUCUUAUUCAUGACUUUAAGGCCUAGUUUAGAUGGUGAAUGUUUCAUGCACCAAACCUAAUCAAAUUAAACACGGCACAAGUUCAGCAACUGAUUUAUCAGAAUUUCUAAUAUAUCAUAAUCAUAUAAUGUAUGUUAAACAAAAAUAUGCAUUAGGUUCGGUACAUGAAAAGCAUCACGUUUGAACCCAUGUUGAACCUACUAUAAAUAGAAGGGUCUAGGCUGGGGUGGGGGGUGUUUCAUUGUAUGUUUACUCAAUCAAAAUCUACUCCUCUAGGUGCAUCAUCCUCAAGCACUUGAUGGAACAAAAGCAACUAAGGGGCAAAGAAUACAUCUGCAGCUUUGGGAUACUGCAGGACAGGAGAGGUAUUGACUAUGAUAUGACUUGGAACAUAGAUAGUAUACGGUGUAGCCCCUUGUGGGGGGUCUAAUCGUCCCACCAUCCAGGGCAUGGUCCCCCGGAAAAUGUCUAUUUUGGGGGUCUGCAAAAUGCCAUAUCAUGAAUUUUAGGCACAUUUUAUGAUAAUCUGAAAGUCACAGAUUUGGUAUAUUUUAUGUCAUAGACGAAAGCAUUACAAGGUUACCCCCCCCCUCCCCUCCAAUUUCUCCUCAGUUUUGGAAGAAUUACAAAAUUGGUCCUGAAAGAGGGGUUCUGGACCUGUCAUUCCCCCUCCCCAUGGCUACUGUGACCUACAGCAAAUGGAAAAGGAGGGGGUUGCUAUAUAGACAUGCAUUAUCAUAAUGCAGAGGCUGAUUCUAAAUCAUUGCCAAUCAAGCAAAUCCCAAGAAACAAACUAAAGAUGGCCAUAUAGGAUGUUUCAUUGUCUUGUGCAGUUCAGCAGUUAACAAAAAACAGAUGUUUGUAAUUUAAUUAAUAUUAGCCAUCAUAUUAUAGAUAAUGUUAUUGUAAAUCCUAUUUUGUCCUUUCUAGGUUUCGUAGUUUAACGACAGCCUUUUUUCGUGAUGCAAUGGGGUUCUUACUAGUCUUCGAUCUUACUCACGAGCAGUCUUUUGUAAACAUAAGAAACUGGCUUAGUCAAUUACAAACACAUGCAUAUUGUGAAAAUCCGGAUAUAGGUAAAUUUCAUUGACCAGCAACAUUUAAAGUUUUUGUCAUAGUUAGAAUGUCAUAGUUAGAAUUAGAAUGGCAGCUUGAUCUGUUAGAAGUGGUGUUGUGUGGUUCAUAUUCUAAAGCAGGGUUCUGGUCAGGGUGCAUCGUCGCUAAGGGGGGUAAAUUCAGGGAUGGAUCCAGCUUCAUUGGGUAGGGGGGUGCAGAUUGGCGUUGGUCAUGUGCCAUGGCGGUACUGUAAAUCAAAGCUCCCUUGGCCAAGGCUAGAGUGUCCCUCUACCCCCUGUAAAUUCAUCCCUGAUUAGCUUGAGAUUAGUCGAGAGAUCCCUAGACUCUAAAUAUCUGGAAAAAAUGUCUAUAUGCACUAGUGGAGCACCAAAAAUAACAACUAAAAAAAAAUUGGGUGUAUACCCCUUCUUUCCAAUUCCAUCCUUGGCAGUCAGACAGUUAUUUGUAUUGCUAGAUAUGACAGUAGAUCUAUCUGUAGAAGCAAUUAAAAAUCUUUUGUAUUAGAAAUGUUCAGUACUUGCUGCUUGUUAAUUAACUAGUAGUACCACAUUAUCAUUAUUUCUGUGUAGUUUUAUUGGGCAACAAAGCUGACCUCCAAGACACCAGAGUAGUCGAUGGCAAUGAAGCCAGAAAUGUUGCUGAAAAUUUAGGAUUAAAAUAUUUUGAAACAAGUGCUGCGACUGGACAGAAUGUUAAUGAAGCAGUGGAGUCGUUACUUGAUCAGGUAAGUUAAUUAAAUGAAUUUUCCAUCAACAAAACCCUUCUACAAUUAGUUUUAUCGAGUGAGAUGCCCAAAAACCUUAUAUUUACCCAUACACCUUACAUUGGCAUCACCUUAGUACUGUAUAUAUUAGAGGUGUGCUAAUCCGAUCCGAAUCCAAUCCAAUCGGAUUGAUUCGGAUUUCGGAACCAAAAUAUUCAUUUCGGAUCGGAUUGAUAAAGUUGUUUCGUAGUCGGAUCAGACUUCGAUAUCCGAAAUAAAAUGAAUUAAUUAUGCACACAUUAUUGCAAGAAUUAAUUAUCCAUGCAUUUAUCAAAGCAUUAUCAUGGUUGUCGCUGCAUUAUUCGUUUGAUACUUCUUUAUCAUUAAAACUCGGAUUGGAUUAUAAACAUUCAAUCCGAUCUGAUGCACACCUCUAGUAUUAAUACAUGAACUUGCAGUAACAGCUUGACAACUGGCCUCCAUAAGGGCCAUUCCAUUUAAUGUACACCCCACCCCCCCCCUAUGGACAAGUUCAAUAAAAUUUGAACCCCUAAGAAAAAAGAUCAAUUAGUGUCGACACAAACCUGCCACCGCCGCCCCCCAGAAAUUAAGAAAUUCUUGCCUUACCCCUCAGAAAAAAUGCAAAGAUCAAAGGAUACCGAUGUACACAGCCCCUCAGAAACGGCUCUUUCAACCCCCCUCAGAAAUUCUUGUCCAUAGGGGUGUGUGUAUAUUAAAUGGAAUGGCCCUAAGCUCAGUUGGUUAGAGCACUCUACAAGGGCCUACAGUUGCAUUUUUGUUCUACCGGUCUCAAAUAGAUGUUUCAUGGACAAAAAUUACUGGCACAAUACCCUUUACCACUAUCUUUAUUAUGUUACCCAGUCUGUAAUCCCAGCUACAGUUGCGCAUUUCACAUUUGUCCUAUCUAUUUUUAUCACCAGGUCAUGAGGCGUAUGGAAACCUGUGUUGACGCGGACCUACUACCAAGCAGUUUUAUAAAUAACAAUCGUAAUUCAACACGGCUGCGGGAGGUUGACGAAGCCAAUGAGGAAUCAGGAGGUUGUCCCUGCUAGGAAUAAGCUAGGAAUUACACUUGUUAGCGCUUGUUCACACCAGCCAGCUCCGAACUUGAUAGGAUAAGUUAUUUCAAUGCUGUACAUUACAUAAUACUACGGUAUUUAUUUCAGGACUAACAGUUUAAUACCAUAGGCGCUUUCCAUGAAAAGGUCAGACCAAAUUGUUAUGUAACAGAAUACAUUUACACUUCGGACAGUGAGCCUGAGAAAAUUUGGAUCAAAUCAAAAUGAGAAAACGAGGUCCAUCUUGGCCAGAUUUUCUAAAACUGAACCAGCUCUUUUUAUUUACACAAAGUCAAAGACAUAAAUUCUGAUAUGAUUAAUCUGAGUGGAAAGCGCCCUAUGGUUGUAUAUUUACUGUUUCUAGUAAAUUCCUACAUUGAGAAGCAACUUUAAAUACAACUGCUAGUGUGGACAAGCUAACGAGAGAAUUUACAUUGGCUGACCUGUUCAAAUGAAAAUACACAUAGACUGAGGCAAGUGAAUAAAACAAUGCACAAGUUGUAACAAACCUGCAGCAGGCUUGUAGCAAUGCUGUUCCAACAAUCCAACAACUUGUCAACAGGAUGUGUUCGCACUGCUUGUUCCCAGCUUGUUGACAAAAGUUGCUACAAGGUUGUUGAGCUCAACAGACUUGUUACAAGUUGUACCAACAAUUUCUUAUCGUCUUCAACAAUUUGUUGACAAGUUGUGAGUGGCAACCUUGUAGCAACUUGAUAAAAUAACAGCACUGUUACCACAUUGAUUAUUUGAUACGCGUACUAUGUGUUAGAAUUUAGCGAUCGAUUUACGCGAGUGGUAUAUUGCACUGUAUAUACGAAAUACUAUGAUGUGUGUUUUCAAUUUGAUCAGGGUUUUAAAUUAUAGAAACAUUCAUGUUACCAGGGCUAUUGUACCUGGGAAAUAUAUGGAGCUACAGGAAAUACAACUGUACAAUUUCAGUAUUGAUAUGUACAAAUUAAUGAAUGUAAUUUAUGUAUUUAAUGGUUAAUACAUGAUUAUUUAAGCAUUUGGUAUGUCGCUUACUUGCUUGGUGCAUGUGUGAAAUAAUUAGUCAACUGAAAAUUGCAAUUUAUCAUUAUUCAUCACCACUUCCAGUUAAAUGACCAUCAUCAUCAUCACCACCAUCAUCAUCACCACCAUGGUAUUAAACCGCCAUCAUGAUCAUCACUAUCACCACCAUCAUCAUCACCAUGGC